AUGGAUAAUAACACAAUUGUAAUUGACAAUGGCUCAGGCUAUAUGAAAGUAGGAUUAAACAUAAAAAAUUUACCGACAAUAGUAUUUCCCUCAGUAGUUGGAAAUUCGAGAGACAAAGAUGUAAAUCAAACAUAUGUGGGAGAUGAAGCAUUUUAUCAUGAGUCCGAAUUAUCAAUACAUAGGCCAUUUGAUCAUGGGCAUAUAUCUGAUUGGGAUUUAGCAAAUAGCAUAUGGGAAUAUGCAAUAAAAUGUGUUGAUCCAAAUAAAGAUGUAAAAAAUGCAUUAUUAACUGAGCCACCAUUAUGCUCUAUAUCUCAUAGAAAAAAUAUGGGAGAAAUGUUUUUUGAAAACUUUGGGUUUGAAAAUAUAUGUAUUUCUGUGUCUGGCCUUAUGUCUAUAUAUGCAGCAGGUUUAACCACAGGUUUAGUUUUAGAUAUAGGUGAAGGAGUUACACAAUGCAUACCAAUUUUUGAUGGAUAUAUAGAAAAAAAUUCAGUUAUUCGUUCCGAUUUUGGAGGAGAAGAAUUAACUAUGUUUAUGCAAAAAUUAAUUUGUGAUAUAGGAUAUAAUAUGACAACAAGAAAAUGUUAUGAAUAUGUAAAAGUUAUGAAAGAAACUUUAUGCUUUUGCUCAUUAAAUCCUCCAAAAGACCAAUUAAGAGAAGAUUUAACAGUUACUUAUACAUUACCAGAUGGUGAUGUCUUACGAGAUGGAUAUAACAGUAUAGAAAUUUCUCAUGAACGAUUUUAUGUUCCUGAAGCUUUAUUUAAUCCACAAUUAUGUCAUCGAGAUAAUUUAAGUAUUUCUGAUAUUGUAUGUAAAUCUAUUUUAUCUUGUCCUAUUGAAAAUCGAAAAGCUUUAAGUAGUUGCAUUAUUUUAUCGGGUGGCUGUUCUCUUUUUCCAAAUCUGGCUGAACGAUUAGAACAUGAAAUAAAAAAUAAUUCACCUGAAAAUGCCAGAUUUGCAGUAAAGGUUCAUGCACACGAAAAUAGGGGUAUCAUGGCUUGGUGUGGUGCCCAAAUAUUUUCGCAGCCCGAAUUGAGGCCUGCCCAAAAAGGAGUCUGGAUAUCAAAGGAAGAAUAUGAGGAAACAGGGGAUAACAUAUUUUUGAUCAAAGCAUCUCUAAAGCUGACAUAG